AUGGCAUUUGCUCCUUUAUUCCCAAUAACAAAAAGAGUAGGAUAUACUGAGUCUGUGACACAAUUUUUGGUAGAGCUUCAACAAAACCCACAACUUUUUCAAGACCUUUGGACAGUGCCUUCAAUAAAUCUAACUCAGGAAGGGAAUAAUCUUGGCCAUGAUAAGGGUUUAGAAAUAUUUA